UUGGGCUUUUCUUUACCUCUCUAAAAUCAUUUCUUCAAUCGUCUUCUUGUCAUUUUUCCUCGUAUCCACUUUAGAUCAAACCCCAGAACAAGAAAAACAAAUCUGAUUGUGUGUUUUUUUUUCUUUCGGGUUUUUACUAUCAAAAGAUGGUGGUGAAACAUAGUAAGGCCGAGAAGAAGAUCGCUUACGAUCAAAAACUGUGCAAAUUGUUGGAUGAAUACAGUCAGAUACUCAUCGUCGGAGCAGACAAUGUUGGAUCAAAUCAGCUGCAGAAUAUCCGCAGAGGCUUACGUGCAGAGUCGGUUAUUCUCAUGGGGAAGAAUACCAUGAUGAAGAGGUCCAUAAGGGUUCAUGCAGAAAAUACUGGCAACAAAAAUUUCCUUAGUCUCAUACCCCUUCUUGUUGGAAACGUGGGAUUGAUCUUCACGAAGGGUGAUUUGAAGGAAAUAAGCGAGGAGGUUUCAAAAUACAAGGUUGGUGCCCCUGCUCGUGUAGGUUUAAUUGCUCCAGACGAUGUUGUUGUUCCUCCAGGGAAUACCGGACUUGACCCAUCGCAGACAUCCUUCUUCCAGGUUCUCAAUAUCCCCACUAAGAUUAACAAGGGAACUGUUGAAAUUAUUACUGCCGUGGAGCUGAUUAAGAAGGGGGAUAAAGUUGGUUCCUCUGAGUCAGCUCUGCUUUCAAAGCUUGGGGUUAGGCCAUUCUCUUAUGGCCUUAUUGUCCAGGCCGUUUAUGAGAAUGGAUCAGUCUUUAGCCCUGAAGUGCUAGAUUUGACAGAAGAUGAUCUAGCUGUGAAGUUCUUGGUGGGACUUUCUAUGGCAACUUCUCUUUCUCUGGAAAUUUCAUACCCAGCCUUGUCAGCUGCACCUCACAUGUUGAUAAAUGGGUACAAAAAUGCCCUGGCCAUUGCAGUCGAGACUGAAUACUCUUUCCCUCAGGCUGAUGAGGUCAAGGAGUACCUCAAGGAUCCCAGCAAGUUUGCUGCUGCAGUAAGUGCUGCUCCAGCUCCUGCCCCGGGAGAUGGUGGUGCUGCUGCUGCCAAUGAAGAAAAGAAACCAGAGCCUGUUGAAGAGGAGGAAGAAGAUGAAGAUUUGGGUCUUAGUCUUUUUGACUAGAUUUAAUUUAGAUUGAUUGCCUGCUACAUAUCUUCUAGUUCUUUCUUGCUUUUUUUGUUUUGCACCAGUGGAAUAAUCCUGAGUUUUAGUACCCUACCAAUAAUUUUUGAUAAUAUAUCUGCAUUUGCAUGACUUCUUUUUGU